AUGGAACCACUUACUUUGAAGCAACGUACUCCGGUCGAGAGCCCUGAUGUGGAAAACUGGGACGAUGACGACUUUGAAAACCUGGAAGAUGUCCACUUCCGUACUGCCUCAACCGCAACGUCGGUCGUAUCCCAUCCUCAAACACACCGUCGAGAUUCGGUGUCGUCGCGCCUGUCUAUGCGAUCCGAGUCGAAUCAGGGAGACGAAAACUGGGACGUAUUGGUUGAUGAACAGGCCUCGAUCAAGGACGCUGUAGCACUUGCGAAGAGCAAAGGAAUACCAUUACCCGCCAAUAUACCGCGCUCUGCACUGGAGGGUGGCACUAUACGACGACUGAAGGGCAAAGAGAUCAAGAAGGCAAUUGCGGAUGACUGGUCGGAGGACCUUGACCUACCUGGCACCGACAUUCCUCUGAAGCUCGCCAAACACGAUGAUCGUGAUUUGUCCGAGAGUCUACGACAGAUUAGUGCGGCUUUUAGAACUUCACCUAAAACCCCGGAAGCGAAAGACAUAUUUGAUCAAACCAUCCGAUCACCAAAGUCUCGCUCUGCAGCAAUGCCUAUCACUCUGGACGCCUUUCGAGACACGGACGAGGAUGCUGGUUUUGGGGAUGUUCCCACCAUCAAGGUCGCAAAGCAUAGAUCACCGCAGAAGCCUCUUCUCUUCCGGCAGCCUCCUACACCAGUGAAGCCAGAAACCGAAAACAUCGAAGACGACCUCGAAUUGCCCUCUGAUGGGCAGCUGCGCCUGUCAACGAGGAAACCUCCCCCAUCAACCCCACAACAGAGUGAUGAUUUCGACCUGGAAUGGGCUGAGGGGAGCUUGGGUACAAGGAACGCUGGCACCAGAAGAGGAGGCCGAUCAGCACGUAGCUCGUCUGCGUCAGCUCUGAGCCCCAGUGUCUCAAGUGCCUUCACCGCAGAAAGCGAAGAUGAGGGCCUUGAGGGUCUCGUUUUGCCCGACGGCCCCAUCCAAUUCGAGGACAAGCUCAAACGGCGCCAGCAUGACCAUCCACAUGAGCCGCCUCGAAGUGUCCCAGACCACAAAGACAAUUCCAAGACGACUGCCGCAAAGGACGACUUCUUCUCAGGUCUCGAAAUUGGAGACGGAGAGGUUUUUGACGCGGCAAAGUUGACACUAAAUCGCAAUGUCAAGCACAAGAGUGCGCGGCCUGCCAGUCCUUCUAAGAGGACGACAACCACGCUCAAUUUCACCAGUACUAAAAGUCAGGGAACCAUCUCGCGGCUCCCUAGAUUUCAACCAACUCACGACAGACAUGAACGUGCUCGGUCCAAUUUGGAACCUGUCUCGGAAACUGGCGUCGCGAUAUCAUCAUAUCAACGGGCAAAUUCACGACUUGGAAAUCAUGCAAGCCAUUCAUCUGUUUCAUCCAUACCUGCCCCUGCUCCGCCUUCUACGCCUUCCACUCCAAGUCGACGGCUUCUCCGCGGAACGGAAUCUCGUCCUGACCUGCGCUACGAACCGCCGACAACCACAAACGCACAGCUCCUCCGUGCAAAAAGGUCUAUGCCUGUUAUGCGAGGCUUAACGUCGCCGACCAAGUCUUCACCCUACGUCAGGCCUCCUUCAAGACAGGAAACCGGAAGUCGUUUGAACAUAGCAUCACGUCCCAAGACUCCCACGGAUCGAGCAGAGUCUCGUGCUGGAGAAUCUAGGAAAGGCGCGGUACCUUUUCUCCCUGCAGGAGCAUCCGCCGGACAGUCUCAGCAUGUUAGUAUCAAAAGCCAUUACCGUGGCCAAGGGUCCGAUGGCUCUGGCGACAGUAUGACUGCUGCUCAAAGGUCUUUGUCACGACUAGCUGGACUCGGCAGACCCGAGACGCCUGGCCGAGGUUUAGACUCUGCGCGUGGGCGAAGCAAUCUCACGCCUGUCGAGUUGGCCGCACAGGCAAAGAAAUCAAUCACCAAACCUACAAGGCGUCGCAAUUAUGGUGAUGGGACGGAAUUGGAAAUCUUUGAUGAUCUACCUACCUCGGCUACCAUUGAAUCAAAAUUUACAAAGGCGCCCGUGGGCCGUGGUGCUCCGCGAAGCCUUCGAAGCAAACUGGGAUUGUCACAUCUCAACCCCUCUACAUCCUCCCUCACCAGCACCAGACGCGGCAGUGACACGCCGGUGCCUGCAACACCGCUCUCACCUGCACCUAGGAGUGAUUUUCCAACUACCGCGCUCAAUACGACCAAUGUUCCUCGCUUCGCCCGCGAUACGGCCGCUUCGCGCAAUGCCCGCGAACAGCGCCAGAUCUCCAACACUUUUCAAAAUAUGCGAGGUGAACCAUUGCAACCAAUAUCGACGAAUUGGAAGUCAAACACAUCAACCAUCCGUUCUAGCAAUCAAGGAAGUUUGAGGAAGAAGAGAGGCGAAAAGGUCCAACUGAAGCCACACCUCAUCAAGCCCAUGGGCAGUGACCUGAAUCGAGCAAAGACAGAGAAAGGCAUGAACUAUAACCCGUUGUUGUUUAGGUGGGAAGGUAACGAAAAUGACCUGGCGCCUUUCGACGUCCCAGACUUCCACCCUCGGGGCGGCAGCCCUAAUAUUCAAGGUCGCGGAAGCCCAAGUACGAAAGCCCAAGUUGCCCUGAUCUCAAAUGUGGGGUCUGGUGUCACGGGCGUCCAAGUUGUGGGAGGCAUGGUGUUUGACCCAUCACAAAUGCGGUGGCUCAAGAUCGCCGAGAAUCCAGACGGAAGCGUGUCGAGUCUUCGAGGCGGUAGUGUGCAGGUCGAAGAGGAAGAAGAUGUCUUCGCCGGACUGGAAGACCUGAAAGAAGAGGAUGAGAUACGGAGUCGAAGCGGCACACUCCAAAACAUGUCAAACAUCGAGCAUUCCAGGGAUUCGUUCGGUGACGGAGAAGCCGGCCACAGCAGCGGUGACGAAUGGGGAAUUGGUGUCAGCGAGGAGUUUGACGUGGGUCCUGAGUUUGUGAGACGACAGAGAAGCGAAGAGGAGAGAUGGCGGCGGAAAGUGGAAAAGUGGCUAAGAAAGGGAUUGGAAGAGGAAGAGGAAGAAGGACCCGACGGAAGAGGAGGAUGGAGGUGGGCUAUUCGUGAUCUGGUGAUGGAGCAAGGUGAAGCUUAG